CAUGUUAAGAAUUAACUUAACUAAAUUAUUAAUUACUUGCAUAGCUAUUGUUCUUCUGGCGUUACUUUUUACAUUUUUAAGAACUCCUUCAAAUGUCAAACGAGUCAGACAGUUUGAAAGUGUUUCGAAAGGGAAAAUAUCUGCUAUUAAAACGGAAAUAGCCGCCACGUCUCAGCCUGAUACGAAAUUCAAGGGAACUCCUAAGCCUGUAAAACCAACAGCCUUAGCUUUUGAUUGGAAUCACGAAGAGGCACUUCUUCCGGGCUUAGUCCCACCUCAAGCUCAUCUAAUAUGGUGCGGUCAAAAAUGGGUAGAAUAUAAACAUUAUUUGACUGUUAAAAGUAUAUCGAGAAUUUUAAAGCCUGAUAGAGUGGUGAUGCAUUAUUCAAAAGAACCUGGUAUUGAUAAACUAAGAUAUCAUCAGUGGUUGCAGUGGAUUAAGACUGACGAGAUUUUCUUUACUAUGCAAAAAUUCACACCUGACCAGGAACGAGUUUGCAAUGAACGUGUUCCAAUAGAUGAAAGAAUAGGUAUAAUAAUGAAUAUGCUGAAGGAAGAAGGAGGUAUUUAUGUUGGACAAGACACUUGGUUAGUUAACUUUGAACCAAAGACAAGGCUAAACGACUUCAUUUUCGCUCUGGAAGAGGAUUCUCUCGAAGGAAUGAUCAUGCUGAGAGGCAAUAUCCUUAAAGAAGCUUCAGAAUGGAAAGAACUUUUGCAUAAUAGAGAAUUGAAAACAAAAACUUUAAAGUGUGCUACUGUACAACAUAUUUAUAAUGGCGAUGAUACGCCUAUGUGCUUAACUGUUAGAGGAGGUUCUUUAGACUCUCUUAUGCCUAUGGAUAUUUGGGAACUUGACAAUAGAUUUGGUAGUCUAUGUAGAACACUCUUCUAUGGAACUGCUGAAAUUCGUAAACCUAAACCUGAUUACAACGAGCUUGUACCAAAUAUUGGUCAUAUGAUUUGGAUAGGAGGGGGCCCAAUGGAUUUUGUAUUCUUUUUAUCGGCCUUGAGUGUUCUCUAUGUGGUAAACGUUGAUGUUCUAUAUAUUCACGGCGACAUAGAGCCAGUUGGUGAGAAUUGGCAAAAAAUAAGGUCAAAUCCAAGAGUAAAGUUCAUAACACGACUCCCACCCAGAACUGUUUAUGGAGGAGAAAUUCAAAAUUAUUACAGGGCUUUGAUGAGUGACAUAAUCAGAGUCGAUUUGAUGAUUAAAUAUGGUGGCAUUUAUACAGACACAGAUGCCAUUUGGGUACGAGGACCUACGUAUGAGGAUCGUGGCUAUGAAGCCGUUGCAUCUUUCGAUUGGAUAGAUUGGUCGUGGCCCUAUAGAGAUUCUGUAAACUUUGGUUUAUCAUAUGGAAAGAAAGGCGGAAAAUUUUGGCACAUCUUUAGGGAUUCUAUGCAUGAGCUACAUAAUCACCUACAUGGAUUUACAGGAGUUAUGGAACCUUAUAAACUACUUGAAAAAUAUCCCGAACUUUUAAGAAUUGAUAGGCGUUUACAAGUAAUUUGUUACCAUUCAAGAUGCCAUCCUAUUUAUGUAAAAGAUUAUCAUAACGAAACAAACGAUCACGUAAACAGUGGAACUAUAAAAGAUUGGAGAAAUGACGUUUACGCUUUUCAUUGGACACACCCAAAUCCAAGUGAAUAUAAGAAUUUAGAUGUAUUAUUAAAAUCUAAAGGAAUGUUCGCUGAGAUUGGUAAAUAUGUUCUUAAAAAAGCCGGUCUGCUGGAUUGA